GAUAUUUUAUUGAUUGUUAAUUUUUUUUCGAUAAAUAUCCGUAUUAAUAUCACGCAUCAUCAAAUAUGCAAUCACAAAGUCAAGCACCAACACCAACACCGGAACAAGUUCGUUUUCUGAUGCUCUACUGGUUCCGAAUUCAAGACAGUGCGACUAGAGCAGCUUCUGAAAUCAACAAAGCAUAUCCAAAUAUCGUGACAUCUCGAACCUGUCAACGAUGGUUCAAGCGAUUCAGGGAAGGGGAUUUCAGCUUGGAAGAUAGACCAAGAUCUGGGCGUCCUCAAGAGGUUGAUAAUGACAGGUUACUUCAAUUGUUGGAUGAAAAUCCGCGAGUGACCACAGAAGAAUUGGCAAUGAAGUUCAAAUGUUCGAAAUCGACAAUUUUCGACCAUCUUCAUUCUCUCGGCAAAAAAAACAGAGCAGGACGUUGGGUCCCACACGAAUUGAACGAUAAUAAUCGUGCACAGCGUCUGUCAAUCUGUACUUCUUUGUUGCUCAAACAAAGAAGCGAACCUUUCCUAGACCGUAUGGUAACUGGGGACGAAAAAUGGAUCCUGUAUGAUAACGUAACAAUGAAGAAACAAUGGCUUAGUCCUCGGCAAUCACCUGCUCCGACAGCAAGGCGUGAACUUCAUCAAAGAAAAGUAUUGCUGUCUGUUUGGUGGGAUAUUCAAGGAAUAAUUCAUUAUGAACUCCUUGAGCCUGGUCGAACCAUUACGGCCGAGGUUUAUUGUGAACAGUUGGAUCGUCUGAAAUCGGCAAUUGAUCAGAAAAGACCGGCACUGGCUAAUCGUAAAGGUGUCGUUUUUCAUCACGACAAUGCCCGACCCCAUACGGCAAGAAUCACUCUGAACAAAUUGUCAGAGUUUGGAUGGGAACUGUUACCACAGCCGCCGUAUAGUCCAGAUAUUGCGCCAUCGGAUUAUCAUUUGUUCAGGUCCAUGGCGCAUUACCUGAAUGGCAAAAAAUUCACCAACAACGGACAGGUGGACGAGUUCCUUCGUCGGUAUUUCUUCGAACAAAAGAGCCAAGAAUUCUACCGACGGGGAAUCGAAGUACUCCCUGAGCGAUGGGAAAAGGUGAUUGAAAACCAGGGAGAGUACUUCGAUGACGGAACGGUAAAAAAUUCUUAUUUCAUAACCACAAUAACUCAUUAAUUUAUCCUCAGCCUUAGGGCUCGUCACUCGUCUUGCCAAUGGAUCUGAACAAAUGAUAGUCCAAU